AAUGGAAUAAAAAAAACUUCAGAAAAAAAAAGAAAGAAAAACAAAAUAAUCACUAAUAUGUAUUAAUAAUUUUUUUUCUUUCAUUCUCAUUACAAAUUAAUAAGUUGAAGUUCCUCUUCUAUUAAAAUGAACUGGAAUCUUCAGCCUAAAAAUAAAUAUUAAAAUAAUGGUAAAUGUAAUUGUGUGAAUUCAAUUUUCAUUUUUAUCCUUAAUUUUGCAUUAACUGAUGAGCUCGAAGCAUUCCUUAGUGAAAAUUAGAU